UUUAUGUACGGCACGAUACGACUAGGUGUUUUCUUUCGUACAGCAACAACCAUGUAAAACGCUUAAACCAGUAAAAGCUUGUGCUGAUAUAUAUACUUUGUAUGUACGUGCUUGUCUUGACUCUUAAUACAUCGCGCCAUGAAGCACGCCUACUGUUAACAAAUGCGCAAGGUCUGAUGCCGAAAAAACCAGAACUGUCUUUUCUCUUUGAGAAAUGUUGUUGAAGCAAGCCGAAUAAUUGAGUGUCGUUCACUAAGUCGGCAAAAAAUCUCUUUACUCCAAGGAUUAAGGACCGCGUGUUAUCGUUAAACACCGAUCGAUGAAGUGUGCGCUUACAACCCAAGCAACGUUCUUUGCUUAUCAUUCGGCUACCAUGUCUCGUUUUCUUUUUCUCCAAUAAAGUGCCCUGUGUUAUCAACCUAUACAGCGCGUACUGUAUACAGUGAGGAACGGCGAUCGUGUGGAAAUAAUUGCUAAUCUGAUUGUGACAGAAAUUUUCUGCUUAUUUUGUGAUUUUUGUCCAUCAUUUGUAGAGACUGACGGAAAAAGGACACCAUAUUGUUUUAUUUUAGCAUACGAGCGUACGUAAUUACUUAUUAUAUACCAACCGGCAUCCAAACUCGAAGAUCUGCAUUAUACGGCUACUUUAUUACAACUGAUUCGUCAAAUCAUCACACAGUAAGUCAUGUCCUGGAUUAGCAAAGCAUUCGGUGGGAAGAAGAAGGAUGAACCAAUGACUCCUCAGGAUGCAAUUCAGCAACUCCGCGCUACAGAAGAGAUGCUGAAUAAGAAAUCCGAUUUUCUCGAAAAGAAAGUCGAACAGGAGCUGACCAAUGCUAAACGUCACGGAACCAAGAAUAAACGACUUCGUGCAUUUAUAGUGGCUAUUGCCGCUUUGAAGCGGAAGAAGCGAUUUGAAAAACAACUGCUACAGAUCGACGGCACCCUGUCCACUCUGGAAUUCCAGCGGGAAGCACUAGAAAAUGCCAAUACGAAUACUGAGGUUCUGAAAAUUAUGAGCGUCGCUUCCAAAUCACUGAAAGCAGCCCAUCAAAAUCUUGACGUGGAUGAAGUGCACAAUAUUAUGGAUGAUCUAGCGGAACAGCAAGAGAUUUCUGAAGAAAUUUCAACUGCUAUCUCUAAUCCUAUUGGAUUCGGAAACGACGUAGAUGAGACUGAACUGGAAAGAGAACUGGAAGAGCUAGAACAGGAAGAGUUAGCCAAUAAACUUAUCAAUGCGACACCGGCUGCCAGGGAUCGUUUACCGUCAAUACCUACCGAAGAACCGGUUACGGCUUCCGUCAGUCGACCUGCCAGACGGCGACAGGCAGAUCAUGAUGAUGAAGACAUGAAACACCUUGCCCAGUGGGCGGUUGGGUAAACAAAACCGGGUUACUUUCUUUCCAGAAUGCAAGGAAGGCAUGUCGCAGAACAAAAUUAGUAAUUACAGAAUUUAUUCCUAACUUCGCUAGCUCGUAUACGAUCACUUUUAAAUUUUGUUUGGGCUUCUCGUCUGUGAUUAGACAAACUACCAGUAUAUAUUUGCCUGGUUCCAUAUUUUUUCUCACCUGAGCUGCUUCUGAGAACUGCGUACGGCCGCGGGAUCAAGCAUUGCCGGGGCCUCAUUAUCAGUAGAAAUGAUUGGAUAUUUCAAAGUGAAAAAAAAAUGCUAUUUUUCCAUGGCAUGAUUUCGGUAAAGGUAAACGAUGCUUGUAUGUCGUGUAUGUUAAAUAAUGCAAUAAAUACCAAACAGAGAGUC